AUGGCUGCACAGUUGACUCAGGAGCAAAGGGCGCAGUACAAGGAGGUGUUUGACCUCUUCGACAAGGAUGGAACAGGUGACAUCACCGCCCAGGAGCUUGGCGAGGUGAUGAGGUCCCUGGGCCUCAACCCCAGCGACACCGAGUUGAACGACAUGGUCAACGAGGUCGACGCCGACAACAACGGCACCAUUGACUUCAAUGAGUUCCUCAACUUGAUGGCGCAAAAGGUGCAGGUCGGCGAUGCCGAGGAGGAGCUCAAGAACGCUUUCAAGGUGUUUGACCGAGACGGAAGCGGCACCAUCUCGGCUGAGGAGCUGCGCCACGUUCUCACCUCCUUGGGUGAGAAUAUGACUGCGGCGGAGAUUGAUGAGAUGAUUCAAAUGGCCGACAAGGAUGGCGAUGGAUCAAUUGACUACGACGAGUUCGCCUCGAUCAUGAUGAGAGAGUAA